UGCGGGGUGGAGCGUAGCGGGGCCGCCUCUCGCUUUGCGGUCUUGUUUUGUCAGCCUCACAACAGGCAGAGAGAGAGAGAGAGACCGAGAGAGCGACUGACAGGAGAGCUGCAGCCCGACGACACCAACCGGUGAACGGAUCCGUGGAUGUUAUUCCCAGAUUGAUUUCCCCACCGGGUCGAGCAGCGGAGAGGAGCGGGGCGGGGCGCAGUAAAACGCCAGAGAGGGACAUAUUUUGUGCGCAGCUUCCAGAGGAAGUGUUUGACACCCUGCAGAGGACUCAGAAGGGAGUCCUUCAGGCUGGAGGGCAGGGGAGGGGGGUGGGUUUGUGUCAUUCCCAGCGUUGUCCUGCAGGAGAACUGUAACUGUGGAGCUUCUUCGUGGCCAAAUGGAUGCGAGCGCGUGCUUGGAAUACUAAUGAACGGCGCGCUGCGUCCUGCCGUGGCGCACCGCGUCCCCUGCUGCUGCUGCUGCUGCUGAGGGUCACAGCAGAGCCGAUCAGUCUCCCAGAGAUCACCGGGGCCUGCGCCCCCCCCCCCCCAACCUCUAGCAGCACCCCAGCCUCCACACAGAGAACAAAUGAGUGGGUCCUGAGCGCCAGAGUUGCUUUUUUUCCCACACUCCUGGAUUAAAAAAAACACUCCCAGCUGCUGCUGUGGGGGGAAAAAACGCCAACAUGGGCAACAGCUUUUCCAACGUCUCUGCCUUCCAGUCUCUUCACAUCGUCAUGCUGGGCCUGGACUCUGCGGGGAAGACCACGGUCUUGUACAGACUCAAAUUCAACGAGUUUGUGAACACGGUUCCCACGAUCGGGUUCAACACGGAGAAGAUCAAGCUGAGCAACGGCACGGCGAAGGGCAUCAGCUGUCACUUCUGGGACGUCGGGGGCCAGGAGAAACUGCGGCCCCUGUGGAAGUCCUACAGCCGCUGCACCGAUGGCAUCAUUUACGUGGUGGACUCCGUGGACGUCGACAGGCUGGAGGAGGCCAAAACGGAGCUGCACAAAGUCACCAAGUUUGCGGAGAACCAGGGCACGCCGCUGCUGGUCAUCGCCAACAAGCAGGAUCUUCCCAAGUCGCUCGCGGUGGCGGACAUUGAGAAGCAGCUGGCCCUGCAUGAGCUGGCCCCCGCCACUGCCUACCACAUCCAGCCGGCGUGCGCCAUCAUAGGCGAGGGGCUUCAAGAGGGCAUGGACAAACUGUACGAGAUGAUCCUGAAGAGGAGAAAGUCCCUGAAACAGAAGAAGAAGCGGUAACGGCUGCUGUGGACAGUGUUUUUUUUAAGGAAUUCUCCGGGUUCUGCCAGUGUGGCCCUGCACAGGUCUACUUAGCAGUGAUUUAAAGAAGAAAAGACAAAUGAUUCAUGGUUUGGAUUAAAGCUGUUCGAUACGGGAGAUGAUCAGGGUCACAUGUGAAAAUGUAUUUGAGGUCUGAGGGUUCAAGUCAGAAUUCUGACUAUUAAGUUGAUCAGAAAAUAGUGAAAAAAAAGUCUAUCAGUGUUUUCCAAAGCCCAAGAUGACGUCCUCAAAUGUUUCAUUUAGUCAACAAGUCAAAGAUGUUCAGUUUACUGUCACUGAAGAGGGAAUAAACUAGAAUAUAUUCACAUUUAACAAGCUGACAUCAGUGAAUUCUGACUUGUCUUUCAUUAAAAAACGGACUCAAACCGAUUAAUUGAUUGUCAAAAUCGUUGGAGAUUAAUUUAACAGUUGACAACUAAUCAAUUCAUCGGACUAAACUUCUGAUUUUAUUCUAAGAAUCUUUACUUGAAGCUAAACUCAGAUUUAUGUUUAAAGCAAGGGCAUAACUUUUGGUUCAACAUGGGGGGCUCUCUAACUAUCUCAGGAGGUUCUGGGAAAUGUACAUUCUGAGAAAAAGCAUCAAAACAAUUGAAAAACAAAUGGUGAAAAUUCAAACCUGAAAAAGCGACAAAAACUUUAAAAAAACAACAACAACAAGAACUCAAAAAAGGCAACACAACUUUAAAAAAUAAGUGUCAAAAAUAAAUAUGAAAAAUAUGUCUGAAAAAAGCUAAAGAAAUGUUGAAAAAAGCACAAAAAAAACCUGAAAAAGCAGCAAAAAUUUCAGAAAAAGACCAAGUUUUAACAAGUCAUGACUUUAAACUCCGAAAACUCAAUUUUUCCACAUGUGGCACUAGUGGUCUCCCGUAGGUUGACGCUGUGAAGCUCUGCUGGAUGACGCUCCUUGCAAACACGUGUGUAACCAAAAAGAAGACAAAUGAAGAAACUUGAAACGGCGUUUGAGACGUGCAGCAUGGAGAGAAAGAGCAAAUAGAAGCAGGCGGGCCUGUUUAUCUGCUGCUUUCUCCAGGACACAGGACACAGGACACAGUUUGGACUCUGAAGAAGCUCACCGAGGACUCUUUACAGCGUAGUAGUUUUCAUAUCCACCCACGGAUUUCACAUGUUUUGAUUUUGCACGUGGCCUCGGGUCCCUGGCGCCCCCCCUGGCUCACCAGACAGAUCCGUGUAGUUUCAGUCGGGACGUCCCGCUGCCGGUUGGUUUCCGUGGGAGCGCUGACGUAGCCUUUCCUCCUCCGUGUGCUGGACUGACUGGACAGACUGUCCACUACUUUGCACUUUUUAUUUCCUAACAACCAGUAGAGAAGAACACUGUAAUAAUAGAAGAGCAGAUCCAGGUGCUUUAUGUACUAAGACUGAAGUAUUUUUGGAAUAUUAAAAGAUU